UUAAUUUAAUUGAAGUGAUCCAAAUGUGACAGAAGGUUUUCAUCAUGAGGACAGAAGUAAAUUUGAUUUGAAACGUUAUUAGGUCGAGGCAGUGAGUCCAGUGUUUGAUGUUGCGUUCCUGUCACCAGGAGGACAGAUAAGGGGAUUCUGCACAUACCUGUUGGCCCUGCUGCCAGUGUAUAAAUGGCAACCUCGACGCUCAAAGCCGAACACACACACACACGCACAGGUUGGCUCUCAAGAUGAGUCACGGUCAGCGUAGUAGUAAGUCACUAUGUGCGAGAUUAGUUUUCUGAAACUAAAGUGACUCCAUUCUGCACAGACUGAACAGUUCUAACAAUCUAGAUGGACGCAGCACUCAUGGUGUCCGUCUCUCUGCUUGGACUGGCUCUUGUGCUGCUCUCCUUCCCUGAGCACGCUUCACUGAACAGAGUAUUUGACAACACCUCAGGAACUGUGUAUCCAGGAUCAGUAUUUGUGAAGGAGGCUCUUCAGCGGGCGAUUGAGCUGACUGACGCUGCUUACGCCCGCACAAGUGAAAGGGUGAAGAAGUCUCUGUCUGAAGGCGCUCUGAGACCCAGUGACCUGCUGGCUCAGUUUAAACAGACUGAAGCCAGAACCAGGACUCAGAUCCGGGCUGCAGAACUGUUGGACAACACCGUGGAGCUGAUCAGAGAGAUGGUCUACACUCACACUAUGGUGCAGCCCGACCCUCAGGAGCUGCUGAGUGAAGGAGACAUGGAGAAUCUGCUGCAGGUGACUGGCUGCUCCGCUGAGCUGCAGAGACCCAGCUGUGACACUGACUGUCUGUCUGAGCGCUACAGAUCCAUCACAGGAGAGUGCAACAACAGACAGAAUCCCAGAUGGGGGGCUGCAAACAUCCCAUACUCCCGCUGGCUGCCUGCAGAGUACGAGGAUGUGUGGGGGAUGCCCAGAGGCUGGGACCCAGAGCACACCUACCAUAACGCCACUCUGCCUCCAGUGCGGCUGGUGUCCCAGGAAGUGCUGUUCACUCACAAUGACAACAUCUCUCUGGACUCCACCCUGUCCCACCUGAUGGUGGAGUGGGGUCAGUGGAUAGACCACGACGUGGUGCUGACGCCUCAGAGCCCCAGUACAGCCGCCUUCAGGACAGGAGCCGACUGUACACGCACCUGCAGCCGGGACACGCCCUGCUUCCCCAUACAGAUCCCUCUGUCAGAUCCUCGCAAUGGCAUCCAGACUUGUAUGCCUUUCUUCCGCUCCGCUCCCAGCUGUGUUGCUGGAGUCCCAUCUCAUUGCCACCGAGAGCAGCUCAACGCCAUCACCUCCUUCGUAGAUGCCAGCAUGGUGUACGGCAGCUCCGCCAGUUUGGCCUCAGCUCUGAGAAACCACUCUUCCCAGCUGGGAUCAAUGGCCCUCAACUCCCAGCACUCAGACCAGGAGCUGGCCUUUAUGCCCUUCCUGCCACGCCUGCAGGCUCACCUUGACCCCUGCGGCCCCCGAAACUCCACCACCUCAGGGGCAUCGCACAGAUCCAGGCGCCAGGACAACACCACAUCCUGCUUUCAGGCUGGUGAUUCCAGAGCGAAUGAACACCUGGGAAUGAUUGCGCUGCACACGCUCUUUCUGAGAGAGCACAACCGGCUGGUCAAAGAGCUGCACCUGCUCAACUCUCACUGGAGCCCUGAUACACUCUAUCAGGAGGCCCGCAAGAUCAUGGGAGCCAUUCAUCAGAUCCUAACAUGGGACCACUAUCUGCCGCGGGUCCUUGGUAAGACCGCCAUGUCUCGUCUGAUGCCUCCCUAUGAGGGUUAUGAUCCCGAGGUGGAUCCCAGCAUUGCUAACGUUUUUGCAGCUGCUGCUUUUCGUUUUGCCCACGUUACCGUGCAGCCAGUGGUGACCAGGCUGGGGCCAGGAUACACCACAAACUCCCAGCAUCCCCCGCUGCCUCUGCAUCAUUCACUGUUUGCCUCUUGGAGGGUCGUGCAGGAAGGAGGAAUCGACCCUGUGCUGCGCGGUCUGCUGCUGUCUCCGGCCAAGCUGCAGACUCCAGGUCAGAUGAUGGUGGAGGAGCUGACAGAGAGGCUGUUCCAGGCUCAGGGUGGGAUGCCUCUGGACCUCGGGGCCCUUAAUCUGCAGAGGGGUCGCGAUCACGGCCUGCCUGGAUACGGCUCGUGGAGAAGGUCCUGCAGCCUCUCUGUUCCCAACACUACAUCAGAACUGGCUGAAAUCCUGAGCAACUUCACUCUGGCUCACAAGUUCCAGCUCUUGUACGGGACGCCACACAACAUCGAUGUGUGGGUGGGAGCAAUCGCUGAGCCCGCCCUGCCUGGAGGCCGAGUCGGACCGCUGCUGUCCUGCCUGCUGGCGAGACAGUUCAGAGCACUGAGAGACGGGGACAGGUUUUGGUGGGAGAGGGAAGGAGUGUUCACCAGCACCCAGAGGAGAAACCUCCGCACUGUCUCUCUGUCCCGCAUCAUUUGUGACAACAGCCGCAUCACUCAUGUCCCCGCUGACCCGUUCACACACACAGAGAGGCCGGAGGACAUGCUGGCCUGUUCGCACCCACUCAUCUCUCACCUCGACCUCCGCCCGUGGAAAGAACCAGACACAGAUCCCAGCUGUGGUGCAAUACCCAGGAUUCAGUCUGGCUACUCCCUGCUCUGUGACUCUGUGAUUCUGUAUCAGUGUCACUCUGGCUUCAAGCUGCUGGGAUCUUCGUCUGUCAGCUGUGAUCCAAACAGCCAGCAGUGGAGCCCCACACCCCCCACAUGUCAAGAUAUCAAUGAAUGUGAAGAACAAACUUCUCUCUGUCCACAAAACCUGGAGUGUCUCAACAUACCAGGUUCCUUUAUUUGCUCAGAACCCCACUCGCUGUCCGUCGUCUCCAUAGUCACUGCAGUGAUAGUAGUGAUUGGUGGUGUGGCUGCGCUGCUCAUGAUCAUGUUCUGUUAUCGAAGAUAUUUUCCCAAGAAAGAAGAGUUGGUCAAUGCUGGAUGUUGCCAGGCGAAAAGUUAAAAAAAGAAUUUGAAUGUUCUUGUGUUUCUCGACAGUAUGUAUAAUUAUUUUGGGUUGCAAAUGUAUUUAUGUGUGGACUUUUUGCCUGUAAUAGUAGAAUAUUUUGUUUUGUUAAUUGAUAAUAGUCAUAUAACACCAUUACAUUAAUAGUAUCCCUGUUGUAACGACAGAGUUUGUACCUAUAAAACAUGACUGGACCUGCUCAUAUGAUCUCGUUUUGUCCUCUGACUACACACUGUGUCACUGACUAGUCUCAGUCAUUCACUACAAGUCAAACUGUUUAUUAAGGUAGUAAUCUGUAAUCUGUAUGAUGAGGCCAUGAACAACAAACUAACAAAAGUCCUUUAAAUCCGGAAACUCAAAUCUUACUGGAAUGUCUGUUCCAAAAACAGAUUUUCAUACCAUAAAGCCCCUCUGAGCGGGAUAUCGUCUCAGUAUCCCAGUGCCUGAUUCCUGCUCACAAACCUGUUGGGUAACUGUGUCCCAGAGCGUUUGGUAUCGGGGUAAACAGGCAGCUCCUGGCGACGACCUUAAUCUAAAGCCAAAUCAGCAUUGUGCCCUGAGAGAAAUAGGUCUCUGUGUCAUCUGGUUGUGUUAAAAUAAAUAAAA